AUGGAUGGAAAUUGUGCUUUACCACCAUCGACAGAACGAGAAGCUAAUGAAGAUGCUUAUUCAAGCUGUUGCGGGUCUAAUUCCAAUACACAUCCAUACUGUACUAUUAAAGGAAAGAAAAUUUAUGGAAUAUUUCUAUUAUGUGCGAUGAAUAUUACACUAUGCUCUUCACUUUCUUUCAUUGAUAACAGUAAUCAAUCACUAUUGAUUGUUGCUUUGAUAAAUUUAGCUUUCACAAUCUUGGCUGGUAUUGCUCUUGCUAUUCAUACAUCACAACUUAUUAUCGUUUGUAUCAUUUAUAAAAUUUUAUAUGCGACGUAUUUAUCAUUUCUGAUAUGCAAAUUGAUCGAUGCUUUAGUAAUGGAACAAUGUUAUAUUACGCCAGAAAAUAUAUGGCUUAUUAUAGCACUUAUAUGUACAACGGUCGAAGUUAGCUUGUUCAGGCUAUUGAUGAAUUUUAAAGUAGAAGUGGAAGAAGAAGGAAUGCAAUCACCCCCGAAAUAUUCCACUUGUACUUCAACGUUAUCUGCAAACAAUUCACAAUUACCUACUUAUAAUGAAGCGCUUAAAAUGAUUGAAGAACAAAAAGAUGGAAUGCAGAAACGAAAUUCGGAAACGCAAACUUUGCCACCAAUUUAUACUAUACAAACUACUGGAAUGACAAGAUCAAUAUUUAAAAAUAAUUUAUCUAUUUGA